AACGAUGGGAUACAUGGUAAGGGAACACACAGGACUGCAAUGGCGAGCCUAGAAAGAAGUAGUCCUUCGAUGUUUCUGGGCCAGUCCUGGUCCAGUUGGGCCGAUAAGGUCACAAAUCAGGGAGAUGAAGAUGCAGAAAACGACGAGAAAAGUGGCAGAGUAGGUGAAGAAAUGGAGCCUGAAAUAUCUCGAGAGAAAGAGGAGCCACAAGUAAUGAGGCUGAAGAUGGAGGAUUCUCCAAUGUUUGGGCUGUGUCCAGGGAGGGAUGAGUUCUAUCUGGUGGUGUGUGAGCAGUGUAAACAAGUAGUCAAACCUCAGGCAUUACAGAGGCAUAUAGAGUUCCGCCAUGGGAAGCCACCGGACGGACCGUUGCCUCCUUUGCCUAUACCUGCUCCUCUGGGAGACACCCCAUCACCCACCUGCAAUAAGCAGAUAAUGCAUGCACAUUGGAAAACAGGCAGAUCGGUAUCAAGACCGCCCUCUCGGUCGAACUCACAUCCGCUGUUUGUGUCGUUACCACAAGUUGCCGACUCCCCUUCUCCGGAAUCGGACACACAAAGGACACAAAGCGUGCCUGAUUUAAUUGCUGCUGUCGCAAAGCCUUCCAUAGACAUUAGUCCCAUGAGGCAUUUGGAGGAUCACCUACGGCAACCGCACAGCACCUCGCCACCGCCACCCCAUGACCCUCACUUACCGUCGCAAGGGUCGCCGCCGUCUUCAAACCACGAUGUACUUUCAGCUCCAUCUUCUCCCGUGGAUACAGUACUUUUAGAAUCGCCGUCGUUGAGCGGCAUUACAUCGUUUUCAUCGCUACAGACAGCAGAACUCUCGCAGGAGCUGUCCAUUCAAGUGCCAUCGCAAGAUGAGUCACUUAUUGAUAGAAGUGUGCCCUCUAUUGAUAAAAACUAUGCAGGUGAUACCGUGGAGGUAGUGCUAGCGUCGCCUCCUGUGCAAAACAUGCCUGUGCCACUGACAUCAGUAGAAAGUUUAUCAACAUCCCUCUCAACGCAGCCUCAAAUCAUCUCACUCCCAGUCGCCGACACCCUCCCGCAGGUCCAGCUCCCGUCGGAAGCUCCGAGUCUUGUCCAAAUCACCCACCAAAGCUCUAGCACAUACACUCCAGUCAAGCCACGCCCGGUAGCUAUUACCCCUACCCCUCCACCGGCACCAUCAAUAACCCCGCCUACUCCCAAAUCUUCUGGGAAGAAGAAGAAGGUCAACGCAGUCAAGUCAGAUAAGAAUGUUCCGUGUAAAGAUCGGCGAUAUGAUCCUGAUAAGCAUUGUGGUGUGUGGAGUGAGGAGCAUAAGAGACACUGCACAAGGUCUCUUACGUGCAAGACUCACUCGCUAUCCCUACGAAGGGCGGUGCAGGGAAGACGGCUCCCUUUCAAUGAGCUCCUGGCAGAGCACAAGGCGAGGUCCCAGGCCCUUGCUGCUGCUAAAGCUGCUGCAGCUGGUGGUACAACUCCUGCAGCAACUGCCACCUCCGCAACUGCCACUGUCCUCAGCAAUAACCAUAGCAAUUCAUCGGGCGGGUCCCAGCCCAUGUUGAAGUCGCCAUCGUCAUCGACGUCCAGCAAGAAGGAGAUGCUAAGUCCGCAGAAUCUUGGUGGAACUCCUACGGUACCAGUUCUGCAGGGACCAGGUCCUACUCCAGUUAUUAUCAACUCAUCUGCACAUCCCUUGAAGAGACACUUGUCUGUGUCGACCCCACCCUCCUCAAUCCACCUGAUGAGGGAUGACUCCUCCCCUUCCUCAGUGGUCGUGGUCCCCCUGGAUACCUCCCAGACUCCUACACCGCUUCGGCAGCAGGAGCACCACCCGUCCCCGACGCACCAGAGGAUACCGUCUCAGGGUGUGGAAGGGAAGGAGGCAGGGGAAAGACUAGAUUCUCCUUGCACCCAUCAUCAUCCAAGGCCUUUUGCUAUGUGUACUUACGGCUCCAAGAGAACGGAGCAAGGUAUGGUGGUGCUUAACAGACGGCAGGACCGUCUCAGGGCAGCUUUAGCUGGUCUGGUGGAAAGACAACUCAAACCACCUCCAUUGAAGAAAGUGUGUCACUCUCAGGAAUCCGCAGUUGUACCAAAUCUUGCCAAGAAUGGCAGCAACAUCACCUCAGUGCCUCCCAAACUCACAAACUCACAUCUGGACCAAGGCCUCCUCCAUUCAGCAGCGGUGCCAAAUGCCAAGCCCUCCAAGUCCAGUACCUCAAAGAGCAAAAAAUCAAAGGCCAGUAGGUCGGACAAGAGCGGCGAUGGGAGCUUCUCGCACCAAGUCAAGAACUCCAAGGUACGGAGGAAAAGCGGGAGCGGGGCAUCAGGGGGUGUCUCCCCCGCAAUCAUCCAGACGAGCAGCUCCAGUAACUUAAUGCAUAAUAUUUUCACUGUGUCGUCGAGCAGCAAUGUGCCACUGGCAAUAGCACCAGCCACAUAUACCGUGGUCGGAGGCAAUGGACUCCAACCGGUGGAUAUGAUCAAUGUGGACAAUAACACGAGUGUUUCAGAUAUGCAAGGACAGCUUUUGAAGAACCUCAGAUUCGUGGUGACUAACAUUGAUAAUACGAACAAUGCCGGAGGAGCAUCGCAACCUGCAAUCACGUUACCGAUCCUUAAUGCCGUAGGGAAUGCACCAAUGGUUAUAGGGAACAUAGGAGCGUUGCAGCUCCACGAUGGCAAAAUGAACAUCAAGUCAAGGACAAAGAAUGUGGGAAGUAAGAACCUUGAAAGACAAAGUUCAAGAACUCGUAAGCCUUCAGGGAGUGGCAUUGUGCAUUGUUCUCCGCAGCAGACGGUGCAGAUAGGCACAGUCCAAGGGGAUACUAUCAUCGUCCAAGAUCAGGGUGUGAUUUCUAGCAUGAGGAGUUCACCUAGUCCAGUCCUAAGACCGGAGUCUUCAAGUCCUCAGCUGACCUCCCUCCCUAAUGGUAUCAUUCCAUCUCCUUCUGGUACCGCUCUCUACACCGGUAACAAGGUGUAUGGUGGCAGCUCAGCCGGCAACGCAGUGGUAGGAGUGGGAGCGAGUGGUGGUGUGGUCAUGGUCGAUCAACAUCACCCCCAACUCCAUCAACCCCACCAACCGCAGCAUAUUCAUCAUCACCAGCAGCAGCAGCAACAACAGCAGCCGCAGCAGCAGCCACCGGGGGACAUCACCAGCCCGAGCGGUACGAGUACCCCCAGCCCUGGCGGAAACUCCACAGAGACCUCUCCUAGUGGGAGCUUUCAGUACAGCUCAGGAAUCCAAAGUAUAAGUGCAAACAAAUCCUUUUCAACCUCCAACUCUUCCAAGUCCAGUGGUAGCCGUAAACAGCAGCAGAAUACCAAAAGCAGUGGCAGCAGUGGGGCGAUGUCCGGAGGCGGCGUGCACACCAACCAACACCAAACCACGUCCGUUCAACCCAUCCCAUUCCAGGUACCCUUACAACACAUCAUGGCAAACCUGAUCGAUGCUCAAGGGAAAUCAUUAAGUGCCAUCAUCCCUGCCAAUCAUCAACUCUUUUCCGGGAUACAGCUUCAGCAGAGUGGGAGCGGGGCACCCGCUGCCACUCCAGGCGCACCUGUCAUGCAGAGCGCGGUGGCGACGGUGACGCCGGGCGACCACCAGAACAAGGCGUCGUCGCCACCCACAGCCGCGGCAGCGUCCCUCCUCGCUCAGCAGCCAAUAGCCUUAUCCCUGCCGCAACAGACAUCACAUCAUCACCAUCAGGCAGGCAAUCAAUCCAUCAGGAUACAAGGUACAGGACUUGCGACCGUUGGAUCGGUCGGUGACCACACACCUCAGGCGGUGUUGAGUCCGGGUGGAACAGGAGAUCCAAGGCAAGAACUGAAGCUCCAUCAUUAGCACAGUGCCAUGGCAGAAGGAGUAGCAAUCAUUGACCGUACACUGUUGAUUCCCGUCUAAGGUUAAGGAUGUUGUAAUCUUAACUUUUUUUUCCCAAUAUAUGUCCAACGCGAUUCAAUGCUUCUGAAAUAAGUCAUAUGGACAAACAAUCCUAAUCCUGUGUGGAAACAAGUUACCUUUGUUACUAAUUCUGUCAAAUGUAGAUAUUCAGUAGAUAAUAAUCAUAAAAUCCAUAUAGAUAAAACAAAAUGAACAGAUUAAUGCGGUUCACACUGUGAUUUCAUUUGAAAUUCUAAAAGAUACAUUGAAAAACUGUGCUCGUAAGAUAUCUGAAAACAAAUUUUUAUCUGCCAUUUAAAAACUUGAUUAUGUGCCCUGAAUGCAAGCUUUUGUUAUUUGUUACAAAGUUUGAAUUUGUUUCAUGCCGUUGUUAUGCAUUUCCAUCCAUGUUCUUUGAGGUCGUGAAUACCAAACAUAAUCCAUUUAUUGACAAAAGAACAGGCACCUUCAUUCUGCUUUUGAUUAAUUUGAAAUAUCAUAUUGUGGGUAAGCAAAUGUUCUGCAUUCCAGUUCAACAAUAAUUGAAUGCAGUAGUGACUCCUAUCAAAUUUGAUUUUGGAUCUAUUAAUAUUAUGCCAGUAUUUCAUUUUAAACCAAGAGGUUGUUUUACUUGUGAGACAUGGUUCACUGAUUGAAGGGACUUUCCAAUUAACACAAUAUAGAACAUGAAUAAUUGCAUUGAGCUAAUUCUUUUGAAAAACCUAAUUAUUUUGUCCUGACAGAUUAAUUUCAAGUUAAUAACUUACAACCUAACUUCAAAUAAUGAUUCUACUUUUGUCUCAGAUCGGUGAUGCAAUCGCUGCACUGUUAAAUGUGCGUGCAUGGCCACCAAGCUAGCACUGAAAUGAACUUAAAAAAAAAAAAUUCAAUUAUUUUAUCAGCGAUUGAAAUAGAUCCCUGCACACAGACAGAGCAAAGAAAUCCAUGAUUUUGUAGUAAGAUGUGAGAGAUUCAUCAGUUGGGGAUUUAAAAAAAUAUUUCACUGUUUUCAAUAACUCAGUGUUGUUAUCAUGCCAUAUUGCGCUAAUGGCUUGAUUAUUUUAUCAGUGCACCAAGUUUCCAAGAGAAUUACUGUAUGGUCCUAUGAAUUGCGGUCAUGCUACUUGUAUAUAUAAAUAUACAUUAAGAUCACUUUGUUCCUGCCAAAGUGGAUUGGAGUUGAUCAGUUGAUCAGGAUAGGAAUGUUGGUGUGUGUGAGAGAGAGAACAAUUGUGUAUUAUCAGAUGGGCUUUCAGUCUAAACCCCUUAUAAAUGGCAUUAGUUAUUAAUAUUGAUAUUAAUUUCAUUUCUGAUGGAAGAUUUAGUACAUAACAUUUUGACUGGUGGUAAUAAUCAUUUGGAUGCAUCAUAGUUCCAAUGAACAGAGUCAUUGGCCCUAGUUCUCAAGAGGUGUAAACUGGAGUAGGCCUAAACCGGGAGGCCGUUUCAUAAAGCUGUUCGUAAGUUAAGAGCGACUUUAAGAACGACUGGUGAUCCUUUCUUCGCGCGCCCAACCAUAUCGCCAAUGAAUUUAACAUAUACCACAAGAAAGGAUCACCAGUCAUUCUUAAAGUCGCUCUUAACUUACGAACAGCUUUAUGAAACACCCCCCUGGGUGUCUACACCCUCUUGGAGCCCUUGUGGAUCAAGCCUUUCUUUGUGUUUUACUUGGAAAGAGUAACAACAUGGUCUAUGGAUUUCAGAAGUGUGCUUCCAAACGAGUGUAGAAUGAAAUUCAACUAAUGAACAGUAAUUUGACAGAAUUUGACAGCACUGACUCGAUAAAAUAUUCGUAUUUUCAUUGGGUCUUUAUGAUUGUGGUUUUACGGAUUAUUAGAAGUGGUUUUAGCCAUUAGCCGUUUUCUUCAUAUUCCAAUACAACUUUCACCCAUUUAAAGUUAUUAUGAUAGAAUAAUACAGUUAAAUCAGUAAAUUAUUGAAAUCUCAUUAAUAUCGGUGCCUGGGAGGAAAAUGCAAUUAUUAACACAUCAUAAAGAGAAGUGGUUGGAGCUUUUCGCCUUUUGUUUUUUCGAAUUACUUACCAAGUGCAAUUUUUUUGUCAGAUCUCUGUAAAUUGACAAGAAAAAUAUCGAUCAUCGUGAGGAUUGACAGGAAGGUGAAAAGCGUUGGAUGUUCUCGUUUUGUGUCAUGCUGAGAAGAUGCGAUUUUAUGUGUCUCUUCGCACCAUCGAUUAUGACUUGUGCUAUGUGAUAUGUGCUGUAGAAAGGGUUUAAAACAGAGACUUUAUUCGGCUAUCAAGUGAACUUAUUGGCUAUAUCAUGCCAUGGUGAUUAUACAUGUAAGCAAUCUAUUUAACAGAUAAUCAGGUUGAAAUAGAAGCUGAUUAAUGAUAUAUUUUGCUUUAGAGUAUAGCAAAGUUGUAGAGUGGUAGGAAUGCUUUCGAAACAAUGGUUGUAUGUUGUGCUCAUGCUACAACGCUCUCCCUAUAAAAUACAUAAUGUAUGGAUUAUGGUACAAGUUGCUGCCAUGCUAUGCUACAACAAAUCCUUGUUGCUUACGACCCUCCUGCCAUUCUUUUACUUUUAUUUUCAUUACCAAAUUAAUUUAUUCUGCCUUAUUUAUUCAGCUUUUUGUAUUAUUCUACUUAAAUGUUAGUAUAUUGAAUAACAAUGAAAUGUAUAUGUAGCUCUUGUGUUGUUUUUUCACAGCAUUCAGUAGAAAAUCACACGUUCUUUGUUUUUGAGACAUACUGUAACCACCUUGCUAUUUAAUAACAAAUUCUAAACUAGUUAUGGAUAGGACGAUUCACAGUUAAAUCUUACAUGUUGUUUUAGAGAGGCAUGUAUACCCCUCUUCAUACAAGUCAAGAUAUAUAUGCACUUUUUCUCUGCAAAAUUGAUAUAUUCCUUUUAGGUUCCCCUCCCUUUUUAAAAAAGGUUAUUUAAGUCCUUGUCACUCCAUGUGAUUUACAGGACCAUCAUUUCAUCAUGAACUCAAAUAGUUUAUUCAUUUUAAGUGUCUUGUCCCCCCCCCCCCCCCCC